AUGCUGUUUCACAGGGUAUUGCUAGCCGCGGCUGUGGUUGCUACAUCGUACGCUGGGCCUUGCAAGCCUGUGAGUUCUAGGGCGUCUGUCUCUUCGACUGCCGUCACUGGCAUUCCCUCUUCGACUGCUUCGGUUGAGUUCUCGGAUACGACACUUACUGCCACUUCUGUGUCUUCCGGUACAGAGAAGGCCACUUCAUCUGUGACCAUUGGCUCUGAGACGGUCACGUCAAAGGGUUCCACCACUUUGGCUACGUUGCUGUCCAGCUCCGGAUCUGUUUCUGAAGGUCUCUCUAUUUCUGAAACUGGUUCUCAAAGCAGUGAUGUCUUGGUUUCAACCAGUGGGACAGAAACCCUUGGACCUUCUGCUAGUACUACUGUUACUGGUACCAUGACCUCGGGGGGUAUCACGACUGGUACUACUGACGUGGAUCAAACGACUGAGCCUACUACCGCGCCAACUACCGAUGGUACCAAUGAUGCUACUGCAACUGGUACUACUACGACUGAGCUAUCUGGUCAGGCCACUGUAGACCCUCCCACUCAAUCUUCGACUGAGACAGCCACUGGUCCUACUACCGAAUCCUCCGAUCAGCCUACGACGGGCACGACUACGACUGAUUCUCCCACGACGCUCCCGACGACCGAAGACACAACUGGGUCUGGCACUCAGCCAACAACCGAUACUACACAACCCACCAGCGGCGCCACCACUGACCCUUCGACAACUCAGCAUACCACAACCGAGGGUACAACCACCGAGUCUACAGCCGCUGCGCCAACGUCCACAUCUGAGUUCUGUUACGACAAUGCAGAUGUCAUCUCAAUGCUAGCCUUUGACCCAGUUGCCUCUCCCUUCUGUGUCAGCUACCUUUCCAUGACCACGCAUACAAUCACUGAGUAUGCAACAACCGAUCCCACAAACGUGUACCAAGUCGAUGUCGUCACCAUCACCGCCGACGCUCUCACGCACAUCGAGACUAAUUACGACGGCGUAACUGCAAUCUUGACAGAGUUCAAGACCAAUACCGAGUGGUCUGAGGCCACGGUUACGUCGACGCGAUCGAUCGAAACAAUUACAUGUCUUGACAGCGCAUACUCCUACGUUGCCCCAGUUCCUACCAUCGAUCGAGGCACUCCGCACCCAGAGAAGCGUGGCCAGGACGCGGUUGAUGUCCCUGAGGCUAUACCUUCUGACUGGACUGAGGCUCAAACCUCUGAUAUCUGCUCGUGUCUUGAUAUCGAGGAACCUACGACCCAUACAACCAUCCAGACAGUUGAGCCUACGACGUUCAUCACAACUUCGACAGAUGCUGUGACUCCCGUUGAAGAAUAUACCAAGAUCAUCACGACUACAUCAGUCAGUGUCUUCACAUCAACCGUCACUGAGAAGAAGACCUCUACUGUCACAGCCUGGGUCGUCGAGACUACCUUUGCUGACAACAACGACAUUGCCUACCGUCGAUUCCAAUGCCCUUUCAACGCUAACAUCUACGACGAUGGAUUCACAACCAAUUACUUCAAAGGCAAGCCCGUGCUAUCGUCAGGCAACGCGCAGACCCUCCAGUUCGGCGCCUGCAGCUCCCUCACCAUCCCCGGCAGCGGAACAUUCGAUGCUUCCCAAUCAGCGCUUCUCUACAACGCAUACUUCUAUGCCAAAGAAACAGGAACGUAUACCUUCUCUGUUCCAGAUACCAUUGACAACUGGGGUUAUCUCUGGGUUAAGGAUGCAGCGUAUACGUGGAAUUACGGUGCUUGGGCUAUUCAGGGGACGCGAACGGGACAGAACUCUGCUUUGUGGAAGGGAGGUUCGUACCAGAUUCAGUUGAAGAAGGGCGAUGCUAUUCCGUUCACUUAUCUUUGGGCGAACGGCGGUGGUUGUGCUGGAAAUGAUUUGAGUGUCAAAACACCAAGUGGGAAGUCCAUUCCUGGUAUGGAGGGGUCGACUGUCAAGGCUUGCCAUCUGAACAAGUUUACUUAG